AUGGACGAAGUGAUAAGCAGCCCAUUUGUUGCGAUUUCUAUGGACGAAACCUCUGACAUUAAAACUUUGUCUCAGUUAACCACUAUUAUUCACUAUGUCGACGCUGAUGGCAAGCCGUGGAGCGUUUUCUCGGAUUCUCUGAUGUUGAAACCACAGGUGAAACACACACCAAUUCUUCGUCAUUUCUUCCCGAAAACGCCAUAAAUGCCAUCCCAGGGCUUUACAAUUUCAAAAUUUUGGGGAGGAGCAUUCUCCCAGACCCCCUAGAAGGGUUUGCAGCUUCCCCGCAAACAUGGCUUGCUUACCCGAUUCUGUUCACCACAUGCCACUGGUUUGUAGUCAUCCUCAGGAUUAAGAAUAAUGUAAAAUUACAGAUGCAGCUAUUAUAAAGGCAAGAAAGGCAGAGCUAUAUACAGUCGAACCUGUAUUAAGCGGUCACCCUCGGGGAUUUUGCAAGUGACCGCUUAAUACAGGUUGACCGCUUAAUACAGGUCUUGUAGAAAAUCACCACACGGCUUAAAUAUAACAUUUAAUAUAACUAAAUUUGAACUAAACAGUAAUAUAUUUCAAUACACAUACCAAGUAACCAAUUAAAAAGUAUAUAAAACUGCAAAUUGUUUCUGAAUUGUUUCUGAGUUGAGACUACAGUCACUACAUGUACUACUCUAAAAUAAAAAUGUCAGAGCUUAAACCGCUGAAAAAUAGUCAUGAAUUUUUGUUUGUUGUUGCGGACUGCUCAGUUUAAUUUGACUCAACAAGUCAUUCACCCUUGACAUAACAAGCGAAAGCUGUUGGUGUCCGUUAAAUUGAGCAAUUUUUUGCAAUUCAUCACUGGGUUCCAUCGCUUCUCGCACUGUUUUAAUAUGACAUCGUCAGAAAAGCAUUUUUUCAAACCAGACAGCGUCUGGCCAAACAUGAAAUAAGGAAGUGUCGUGAAAUUUGACACGCGAUUUGGGCAAUAUACCGGCUGAUUCAUUUUUACAAAAACACUACCGACAUUCUGGUUAUAAAGUAUAAACAUGCAUGCUGCAUACUAAAAGUAAAUUACAAUGAGAGAUAAAUUCAUGUAAAUUACAAUCUGAGACUAAAAGUAAAUUACACUGAAAGGAAUAGAGCAACACUUCGAGUUAGUUCAUUUAUUCGGGGGUAUCAUGCGUACAUGGACGACUGGGAACCAAACUAUUAACUAGUAUUUAUAUUAUGAAAUUUUCGGGACUUUGCCACAUGACCGCUUAACAAAGGGUGACCGCUUAAUACGGUGCCGCUUAAUACAGGUUCGACUGUAUUUAUAAUAGCUGCAUCUGUAAUUUUACACUAUUCUUAACGUAACUAGUCAAAACGUGGAUUAAAAAUCAAAAUGUUCUUCGGAGUUACUUUAUUUUGUAUUUCCUUAAAAUACUGAGUUGUUCCCAUAACUAGUGUGGAUAGCGUUAUAAGAUUACGACACAGGAACCAUGGGAUUCUUCUGCCUGUGUAAUAAGAAACAAACUUCAACAUUUCAAGCAAAGGCCCUUCCCAUUAAUAACUUCCUAAUGAAGAGUCUUAGCACAAAACAUCUACCUAGUAAGAUACUAGCAAGUUCCUAAAGAAUGCUGUCAAGAUUCUUUAGGACUUUGGUAUGAUCCUGAAGUGAUUUUGAUAGGGUCCUAGAAAUAUUCUAUAGGAUCCUAGCAAGAUGCUAUAGGAUCCUGGCAAGAUCCUGUUAUGAUAAGGCUAAUUUCCACUCAGGGAAACUUACUUUUAAGAUCCUGGUAAAAUCCUAGCAAAUUCCUAAGGAUCCUGUCCUUGGGAAAUUCAUACAAAAUCAAAAAAUCAAAUUUUUUGAGCAGUUUGCUUGAUAGAGUAAUAUAAAUUCAUCUUCUGUGAUCCAUUUAUUUUGAAAGGAUAGCAUUAGCAUCUUAUGGUUUCAUUAAGAGAGCUGAUGACCAAUAAAAUAUAGAUGACAAGAAGUAAACAUUUGUUGUGUUUACAUGUCUGGUCAGUGCUUAACAUCACGAAUUUAUAACUGUUUUGCUAAAUUGAACAUUUAGAUUAUAGUGAGGCGGUCUUCGUGGUCACAAAAACUGAAUUUAUAACUGUUUUGCUAAAUUGAACAUUUAGAUUAUAGUGAGGCGGAUAUGUGUAAAAUUAUUGAUCAGUAGUUUCUGUUGAGGUUAAAAGCAUCAAACUUUUACAAUUGAUGUAGUUUUAUUUGCUUAAUAGAUAUUUGAAGUGGGGCCAUUGCUAUUUUGCUGCUAACUCCUGAAAAUGGGUGAUUAGUGAUUUUCUUCUAUUGAAUUCUAUUAUAGCCAAAAAAUGUGAAAUUGUGUAUUCAAUUACAACAAAUAUGACUUGCAUCAUCAGUAAGCUUAUAAAAAACUGCAUAUAAGACGUUUAGACAGUUUUUUGAUUUCUGAAAUAGUUUUCGAAUUAUACUGAACUGUUAAAAACGCAUUUUCAAACAUUGAAUUAAUUAAUUAGGGACUUUUAGCGAGAUAAUGUGCCUAAUUUACAGCAAUAACCAUUUGAAGAAUAAAAAAACUGUUUAAAAGGCUUUUAUGUAGUUUUCUUACAAGCUUUCUGAUGAUGCAAGUUAUGUUUGUCGCGAUUGAAUUCAAAAUUUCACAUUUUUUGUUGCAGUAGAAUUUAAUAGCAAAUAAUGCUAAUAGCAUCUCAACUCUCUAAAAAUACAGUUUCACGAUGGCCCCACUUUUGCAUGUUGUUCUACUCAUAAAAAGAUGCUACUGUGCACAAUUUGGUGCUUUUAACCCUCUUCGGAAACAUCCAUGCACAUAUCCGCCACACUAUUAGCGAUUUGUAUCUGGAAAGAAACAGAACAGUUUUUUCUAGACUAUUAAUGCUUUGAUAUGAAUGUUUAAUUUAUAUGCUGCUAAUAUUCAAUGAAUUUGAAACAAAGACUGACAAUUAUAUUAAGCAUAUUGUGCACAGUAAAAAUCACUUGAUACUUACAAUCAACAAUGAACUCUGUUUUAAAGUGGAGUUGACACAAGAACAGAUUAUUAACAUCUAUUCUUUUCUUUAAAUCUGGGGUCAAUUCUCGCAUUCAUAAAACCACACAAAGCCAUUCGUUAUGGACAGCUUCCUUCUUAGCUUUGAUUUCAUCUCCAUCAGCCUUUCAGUAGAAGGUAUUUUAAACAAAGACAGGUCGCUCGUUCAGCUAGUCGAACCUGUCAUAGUCUAGCUACAGAAAAAACUAUGAAAUUUGCUGAAAAAAGCAGUUUGCCUGAAGAUUUUGAUGUAGAAGUAACUCCUGUCUCAUAUUACACUGUAUAG